AUGUCUUUAGUGACUAUUCAACUGCUUGAAGGAGUGACAGGCGGAUUCAUGCCUGCUCGUCUUAGACGCAAAGUCACCAUUACUUUUAACCCAGCAGACAAUGUUGCCAAAGUAGAGCGAUGUGUGGAAGAUGAGCGAGCAACAAAGAGAAACCAGCUCAUGUCUUAUCAAAGCAAGCCAGAACUGUCCAUUGAUGCUGUCAAGUCUCUUGUGGAUCAAACAGUGAAUGCAUUCAAGGAGCUUCCUAUGGAAGAGCCCAAAGGAGGUUCAGAUGUGUAUCGUAUGGAUACUACCAUCAUAGUGGAUGCUCCCAACUUCCAAUGGAGAAACACUCCAAACCAGGGGUGCAGCUACGUUCCAUCAAGUGUGAUUCCCACUGACGAUCAAAAGGCUGCGUUUACUCUUUUCGUAGAGCGUAUCAACAAACUAGCCGACGAACAUGCAGUUGUUGAAGGUGGUUUGACAUGCUAACGAGUCUAAUGCCCAUUUCCUAGUUGGCAUCUUGUUUCAAUCCAGUGUUUUGGCUCUACUGAAUCAACAGAAAUGAACUAUUAUGAGUGU